UCGCGUUGCAGCACUUCCGGAGUGUGUCUCAUGGCUGUGAGAGUGCGGGAUGAGUCCGCCGUCUUCACUUCCAGCUCUGAGUGACGUGAUGGCGGAGAGUCGCAUCCUGUGAGCGCGAGAGCAACAUCUGGAACCGCUGCGCACUCGGUCAGGUACCGCUGAGUUCAGUUCCACUCAAACCCAGAGCAGCAGCAGCAGGGUUCGAGCUCAGAACCUUCAGCAGGGCUUCCAGACAGUGAGAGGGGAUUGGAGCCUGCUCAGGGGAACUCCACUGCAGGCUUUCCACUCAGCCCAGCAACACUGCAGCUCUCACCUGCCGCAGGAGUUUAUUCUACACUUUAUAUAAACAUCACUGGCUUCUCUCUCAACUAAAGGAUCAGGGUGAAGAUGCCGAUCGACAGGCAGCGAAUGCGUCCGUGGCUGGAGGAGCAGAUCAACAGCGGUAAAAUCCAGGGCCUGAUCUGGGUUAAUAAGGAGGAAAAGGUAUUCCAGAUCCCGUGGAUCCACGCUGCCCGGCACGGCUGGGAAUUGGCCAAAGAUGCUCCGCUCUUUAUGAACUGGGCCAUUCACACAGGUAAAUACCAUCCCGGAGUGGACAAACCUGACCCGAAGACAUGGAAGGCAAACUUCCGCUGUGCCAUGAACUCUUUGGCGGACAUCGAGGAAGUAAAAGACAAGAGUAUGAAAAGUGGAAGCAAUGCGUUCAGGAUGUAUCGCAUACUUUCUCCAAUGGAAAGAGCAGCCAAGAGAGCAAGGAAGAAAAAGAUGGAACGGGAGGCGAAAGCAAAAGGCCCCGUACAGAGACGGAAAUCUAAGGCCAGCGAGCUGGAGAAAGAGUCGCAGUCAAAGGAAGACACGCUCCCGGACAGUACUGUGUUAACAACGGAACCUGAUCAGAGCCCAGAACUCAGUUCCCCGAGUAAGGUGAGCUAUCUGCCAGACAUCUGCGCUGUUGUGGAGGUCACUACAGAGAACGAGGAGUCAGCAGUCAGCUCCACCCAGAUCCCCUACAACCUCCAGAUCUCCCCCGUGUCGUGCGGCGCCGAGAGCGACGCGGAGAGCGCACACAGCGGGGGAGACUCGGAGCCUCAGGACCUGUCUGUCAGUUCGAGGCAGUCUUGCUCCUCUGUGCUCAGGAUAGCGCCUAGCCUUCUGGAGAAAACGCACUCAUUCAUCUCAGAAAAGAGGAACUUUUGGGUGACGUGCAGCCGAGAGGACUCUCCCAUGAUCAGCUACGACAUGGAGCCCUGGCGCCCCUUUCUCCCUGCCCUCACCUUUGACCUCAGCACCACCUCCACGUCUCGCGCCAGUGUUAUCAUGAAAGCUGUGGACCUUUCCUCCAAAAAGACGUAGGAUGGAGACCCGCUGAUGAACAGCUGCUCUGCUGCACUGACCUCCCUCCCCCCACCUGUAACUGUGGAGAGGUGCAGCAAACGUGUGUGUGUGUGUGUGUGUGUGUGUGUGUAUAUAAAGUGUACCUUUUAUCUGAAUGUAAUGCCAUGCAAAGUUAAACAGCUUUGAGUUAUUGACCGACAAGAGAUGUUUCUAUAGCAAUAAAACUGAAGGCGUAGCUACAGAGUUGACGUUAGCGAGCUAGUAUCAUUGCAGACGGGGGGGUUGAAAAAUAUUUAAGUGGCUCAAUUAACUCCAUGAUCCUGAUCACGCUGUGUACCGGUUUUAUAGUGCUGUUCAGGAUUAGAGCAUUUUAGCCAACCAUUAAGUAAAUUAAAUAAUUCACCGAUUAUUCACUGAGGCAGAGAAUUAUUUUAGUAUAAAUGCACAAGUGAUUUAUUACAAAAAAAAAAUGUUCAAUCUUCAUGUAAGUGUAAUAACUCUGAGGUACAGACUCGCGUCACUGGUCGACGCCGAGUCACAUAAAAUAGUUUUGUUUUGAAAUCGAUAAAAUAAAUCCCAACCCCAGCUUCCCUUUGAAUAUUUGAAGACCAAACUUCGGAGCAUCUUUAGUGCUUUUAGGAACAGCCUUUUCUUUCAUCAUCUGUAAUUCUUCCUCACUUACGGUGACGAAGCGAUUGGACGCCAUUUUGCCGAGUCGCUCGAGGGGAUUAUCGAGAAAUAGUCCGAAUCUCUCGAUAAUCAGUGCGAGUGAAAUUAUUUAUUAUAAUGGAUUAUUACACAUGCCUAUUCAACAGGUGGUGUGUGUGUGUGUGUGUGUGUGUGUGUGUGUGGUGGGGGGGUCUUUCCUUUUUCCCCUCUCUUCCUUUCCUUUUUGUUUAAGCAGGAUCAAGCUGUUUAAUUUUGCAUGGCCUAAACCAAAGACAUACCUCAACUAACCAGGGGUGGGUUUCCCAAAAGCAUCGUUAAAUGGUAGAGCGAGCGUCACAAUGACACACUCUCUCUCUCUCUCUCUCUCUCUCUCUCUCUCUCUCUGAUGCUCUUAAUGUUAAGAGGCGUUUGGGAAACCCACCCCAGUAUGGUUUUUGUUUGUUUUUUUUCCACAGGGGGGAAAAAAAACUGGAUUUACCUCAGAGACUGAAUCAUGGUGCAUUGCACUCAGAGUAAAGUAUUAAUUACAGACUCAAUGACAGAGCUCACAUUUGGUACAGGACUUCAUCAAAACCAGCUUCUUUCACAAUCGCAACUAGGGAUGCAUCGAUACUGACGCUGGUAUCAGGUAUCGGUCCCAUACUGUGCCUAUUUUCUCCUUUAAAUAAAAAAAAGUCCGGUACCGUUA